AUGGCCAGCGACGCCCGACGCACACCAACUCCAGAUGCCGUGACUCAGAUCGGGCGCCAAAUGCCUCAGGCCGCCUCAGGCAGGACGCAGGCCGCCGUGGCGUGCAUUGGCUCCGACCAAGAGUUGGAAGCAGGCCCUGCUGUUGCUUUGUACAUGUGGUGGAGUCCCCAGACCCGCCCACGGCCACGCCCCACCCGCACGGCCUGGGUCCUUGGGCCAAGGGUCGACGCGGUUCGAGUCGGCACUGCAGCUGCACCUUGGGCUGGGUCUGGCCCGAGGGUGGAAAAACGAAGAACCUGA